AUGCGUCCGUCUGAGUUUCAGAUCAACGGGUUUCCCGUUGAUGGAGUUGUUCCAAAGCAUGAAACACAAGCAGCAGAAUUUCUGAAGAAAUAUCCUGAUUUUGAUGGCCGAGGUGUUGUUGUAGGUAUCCUCGAUACUGGCGUUGACCCAGGAGCGGCUGGUUUAAGCAUUACUUCUGACGGAAAACCCAAAUUCAAGAAUAUCGUCGAUUGUACUGGAGCCGGUGACGUUGAGACGUCGAAGGUUGUUGAUGCAAAGAGUAACGGCGAAUACCUUGAAAUUGAAGGUCUUUCUGGAAGAACACUUAGGCUUUCAAAAGAAUGGAAAAAUCCGACUGGAAAAUGGCACAUUGGCUCGCCUAUGAAUGACUUUGAUAAAAAACAAGAAUGGUCUACUUUUGGGCCUGUUGACUUGCUUUCCUAUGGGGUACAUGUUUAUGAAGAUGGAAACAUUACUUCAAUUGUCACUGUAUGUGGUACUCACGGAACUCACGUUGCUGGUAUCAUAGGAGCGCAUCAUCCAGAACACCCAGAACUUGACGGUGCGGCACCUGGUUGUCAAUUGGUUUCUCUUAUGAUUGGUGAUGCUCGUCUGGAUUCUUUAGAAACAAGCCAUGCCUUUUCCCGUGCUUGUGCUGAAAUUGUAAAGAACAAAGUUGAUAUAAUUAACAUUAGUUUUGGCGAAGAUGCUGGUCUUCCUAACCAAGGUCGUGUCAUUGAAUUACUUCGUGAUGAAUUGUCUGGAAAACGCGACGUAGUUAUUGUUUCAUCUGCCGGCAACGAGGGCCCGGCUUACACAACUGUUGGUGCUCCUGGCGGUACGACGUUUGACAUUAUUUCCGUCGGCGCCUAUGUUACUGGCAAUAUGAUGCAAGCUCAGUACAAUUUGCUUAAGCCCGUAAAUGACACCCCAUAUACCUGGUGUUCUCGUGGCCCUACUCUUGAUGGAGAUGUUGGUGUAUCAAUCUAUGCGCCCGGAGGUGCAAUUACAUGCGUACCUCCUUACUCUUUGCAGAACUCUCAAUUGAUGAACGGUACCAGCAUGUCAUCCCCAUCAGCUUGUGGUGGCAUUUCCUUAAUUUUAUCUGCCUUAAAAGCACGCGAAAUUCCGUAUUCGGCAUCGUCAAUUAAAAAGGCUGUUACGUUCAGUGCCAAGAGUGUUCGAAGUGAAUUUGAGAUUGGUAUGCUUCAAGUGAUUGAAGCAUAUAACUAUCUCGUGGAGACCAAAGACACAAUUGAUCGUGAUGUGUCAUUUAAGGUUUCUGGCCCUCAAGGAAAUCGUGGUAUUUACCUUCGAGAGAGUGCAGACUUUCAAGAAGCAUCCCGGCACACGUUUACUGUUUCUCCCGUGUUUUAUGACGGACAGGAGUCACUGAAGGCUCACUUUGAAAUGCAACUAACACUUUCCGCUACGGAGCCUUGGAUUCAGGCAACAGAAUACAUUAUGAUGGCCGGAACUGGAAGGUCAUUUGCCAUUCGUGUAGACCCAACAAGUUUAACGCCUGGUUUCCACUUCGGAAAGAUUCGCGCAUACGAUGCAAAGUCUCAACAGCGUCGUGUUGUCUUUGAAAUUCCUGUAACUAUCAUGAAGCCCUUUGAGGUCACUGACAACACGCUCUCUCUGAAAUCAUUGACGUUUGAACCAUCGAAAAUUGAACGACGCUUUAUUACCCCCCCUAAAGGAACUACUUAUGCCGAAAUUCGGAUUCGGCCAUUAUGCAAGCUUGAGGCCUCUAGCAUGCUUUGGAUUUGUACGAAUCAACUGUUGCCGCAAACCAAGCAUAAAGAUUCUUCAAGUGAACUUAUUCUUGGAAUUGUUGAAAAUGAAGUCACCUCUAAGACAUUUAAGGUAAAUGAUGGAUACACUUUGGAGCUGUGUUUGGCACAAUGGUGGAGCUCUCUUGAACCCAUGCUACUUGACAUUGACGUGACUUUCCAUGGAAUCAAAUCCACUGCGGGUCAGUCUCUUUGUCUAAAUGCUAGUGCAGGUUAUAAGCGCAUUGACUGUUUUAGCCUUAAGAAAGAACCUUUCAAACCCAAGGUGGUUUUUGAUAGGUUUUCCGAUAGCUAUAGACCUGUUUCUGCCGUUAUUAAACCGUUGAAGUUUAGAGACGUGCUUCCGGACGGUCAACAGCUAUUUGAGACGGUGAUUACUUACAAAUUUGAUAUAAAGGAAAAAACUGAAGUUACUCUGAAAUUCGGUGUUCCUGAACACAUGUAUGACAACGGUUUUAACGGCAUAUUCUUUAUGCUUUUUGAUGCACAAAAACAGCUUAUUCACUAUGGUGAUAUGUAUCCUCGACCCCACGAGUUGUCAAAGGGUGAAUAUACUGUGCGCCUGCAAUUAAUAAGUGUCUAUACACAGGUUCUCGAAACCUUUAAGGACGUGCCUUUAACCCUUGGCCGGAAACUAAAAAAGGAGAUUACGCUGCCCUUAUUUGCCAACCAUAUUGACUUCUGUGAUAAUAAGAAAGCAGAUUAUGGCAAUGCGACAAUUGCUCUAGAUCGCCCAAAGUCUUUCAUUAUUGGAACCGAUCUUUCAGCCGAUAUUUAUCCAUCGGAUGUCAAUCCUCACUCAAUCCUUAUGGGCUCAAUGAAGUUCAACGAUAAAUCAUCCAUUCCGGCAUCAAUGUUCCUUCCUCCAAAGGUUGUUGAAGAGAAGGCGACAACUGAGGAUGAAAAUGAAGAGAACCUAGUUAGACUUGAAGUUGACAUUCUAUCUAAGCUUAAAGGUGCAGAGAAGGACAAGCAUCUAAAAAAUCUGCUUUCAAUGCACCGUAAGAGCCUCCCUGUUCAGCUUGCAAAGUUAGACAAUGCCAAGGAUGAUCAAGAACGUCUUUCUACGGUGGAUAUGAUUUUGUCUCUCAUUGAUGUCAGCGCACUUUCGCAAUACUUUAGCAACGAAGCUAAAACGAGUGAACUCGCCGUUAAGAAUGUUGCACUAGAGAACAAGAUGAAGGAGGAAAAGGCUGCUUACAUAAAGGCUUUGCAAGUUAAGAGUGAAGUAUUUUCUCGGCAAUCCAAUGUUGACCUGGAGGCUUUUGGCAAAACAGUACAGACUUUGAUGAACUGGGUUGAGGAUUCUGACACAAAAUUGGUGAAUGCUAAAAGAGCGCUCUAUACUAAAUCUGGCCAACCUGCUCUUGCUUUACAGAGCCUUCUCAAAGCGCUAGAGGAGAAUGGUAACUCUCGUGAGGGUGACGUGAAGACACUGUUACAGGAAGCUAUUACACUGUGCGAGGAGUUAAAAUGGCCAUUCUGGAAACAGGUCUUUGAAAAGCUUGUUAUCAAAAAGGCUCCUCCUUACGGUUACGCUCUCUUUUAA